AUGAUUGAGUGCAGAGUUUUGAAAUGGUUGUUUUUGCGCUCCUGCAGGUACAAGCGUGUUUUCUCCGUGGGAACUCACGGCAUCACCACAUACAAUCCCACCACACUAGAAGUGACUAACCAGUGGCCUUACGGUGAUAUCUGUGGCAUCGCUCCGGUCGGGAAAGGCCAGGGCACCGAGUUCAACCUCACUUUCCGUAAGGGCAGCGGGAAGAAGUCCGAAACGCUCAAGUUUUCCACUGAGCAUCGCACAGAGCUGCUAACAGAAGCGCUGAGAUUCAGGACAGACUUCUCAGAGGGGAAGAUCACCGGAAGACGCUAUAACUGCUUCAAGCAUCACUGGAGCGACGCGCGGAGGAGCGUGUGUUUGGAGGUCACGCCGGGAGGCAUCGAUCAGAUCGACCCUCAGUGGAGUAAUACACGCCGUCACUCAAGACUCGUGUAUUUGGUCCUUCUCUCACAGCAUCCCUCUAUGGCCAUCGUCAAAGGCGCGGGUCUGAUCAUGAAGGCCAUCAUUGAGGAGGGAGAUAAGGAGAUCGCUAGUAAGAUGCAGGAGCUGGCUUUGAGUGAAGGAGCUCUACCCAGACACCUGCACACCUCCAUGUUCACCAUCAGCGCUGACCAGCGGAUGCUCACCAACAGGCAGCUGAGUCGUCAUCUGGUGGGUUUGUGGACCGCAGAAAACUCCACGGCCCUGAACCUGCUCAAGAGGAUCCUGCCCACCGGUCUGCUGGCGUAUCUGGACAGCUCUGACCCCGUGCCUGAGAAGGACAUGGACAGAAUGCACAUACGUGACAACGUCAAGAUCGCCACGGACCAGUUUGGCAGGAAUAAAGUCCCGGAGUGGCAGCGUAUCGCGGGUAAAGCUGCUAAAGAGGUGGAGAAGUUCGCCAAAGAGAAGGCUGACAUCGUGCUGCUGCACUGGAGAGAUAAGAUGGGCAUCGCUCAGAAGGAGGACAGGAAUAACCUGAACGCAAACCAGAGGCCGGUCAUCCUGAGGAAGAGACGGCAGCGGAUCAAGAUCGAGUCCAACUGGGAGCUUUUCUACUACAAGUUCCAGCUGGAUCACGCUCGCUCUAACCUGAUCUGGAACCUGAAGACGCGCGAGGAGCUGCGGGACGCUCUGGAGGCAGAGAUGCGCUCCUUCGGUGUGGACCGCGAGCUCGGCAGCGCUAGCGUCAUCUCCUGGAACCACCAGGAGUUCGAGGUGAAGUACGAGUGCCUCUCUGACGAGAUCAAGAUCGGGGAUUAUUACCUGCGUCUGCUGCUGGAGGAGGAUGAGAGCGAGGAGUCUGGAGCCAUCAAGAGAUCGUACGAGUUCUUUAACGAGCUCUACCAUCGCUUCCUGCUGACUCCUAAAGUGGCCAUGAAGUGUUUGUGUCUGCAGGCGCUCACCAUCGUCUACGGGAAGUGCUGCGAGGAGAUCGGACCGUUUGCUGACACCAAGUACAUCGUGGGCAUGCUGGACCGGUGUACAGACAAGCUGGAGAGAGACAGACUCAUCCUCUUCCUCAACAAACUCAUCCUCAACAAGAAAAAUGUGAAGGAUACGAUGGACUCUAAUGGAGUGCGUAUACUAGUGGAUCUGCUCACCCUCGCUCACCUUCACACCAACAGAGCCACUGUCCCACUGGACCAAGAUAAUGCCAUUAUCAGGCCUUUACCAAAGGUGAAGAGACUCAUCAGCGACAGCACCUGCCUGCCGCACAUCGUCCAGCUGCUCUUGACCUUUGACCCCAUCCUGGUGGAGAAAGUAGCUAACCUGCUGUACCUGGUGAUGCAGGACAACCCUAACCUGCAGCGGCUCUACCUCACCGGAGUCUUCUUCUUCAUCAUGAUGUACACCGGCUCCAAUGUGCUGCCCGUGGCACGGUUCUUGAAAUACACUCACCUGAAGCAGGCCUUUAAAUCAGAGGAGGCUAAAGGUCAGGACAUCGUUCAGAGGAGCGUGUUGGGCUCGAUGCUGCCGGAGGCCAUGGUGUGUUACCUGGAGAACUACGAGGCCGAGCGCUUCUCCGAGAUAUUCUUGGGAGAGUUUGACACGCCUGAAGCCAUCUGGAGCAGUGAGAUGAGGUCAGCUUCUCGCAUGAUGAGAGACAUGUUUGAGAAGGUCAACAAGGCCUACGAGUUUCUGUGCACCAAAUCGGCCCGUAUUGUGGACGGUCCUGACCCAGAGAACAUCAUCCUGAUCCUCAAAGCCCAGAGCAUCCUGUUCAACAGACACAAGCAGGAACUGGAGCCGUAUAAAUACGCCGGCUACCCCAUGCUAAUUAAGACCAUCAACAUGGAGACGGGUGACGGGCAGCUGUUCUCCAAGACCUCGGCUCUGUUACCGGCUGCUGCUGAGCUGGCCUUCCACACCGUCAACUGUUCAGCGCUGAAUGCGGAGGAGCUGCGGCGGGAGAACGGCAUCGAGGUGCUGAUGGAGGCUCUGUCUCGCUGCGUGUCUGUGCUCACCGCCUCCAGCAGACCGGAGGACAUGGCAGUGCAGGUGUGCGGGCACGUCUGUAGGUGCUAUAGCGUCGCUGCUCAGUUCGAGGAGUGCAGAGAGAAGAUAGUCGAGCUUCCCAACAUUAUUAGAGAUGUUUGUCACAUUCUCUACUACAGCAAGCUUCUUAUGCAUGAUGAGAGUAAGAUAAGGAAAGCGUAUUUCAGAUUGGCCCAGAAAUACCAUCCAGACAAGAAUCCGGAGGGCAGGGACAUGUUUGAGAAGGUCAACAAGGCCUACGAGUUUCUGUGCACCAAAUCGGCCCGUAUUGUGGACGGUCCUGACCCAGAGAACAUCAUCCUGAUCCUCAAAGCCCAGAGCAUCCUGUUCAACAGACACAAGCAGGAACUGGAGCCGUAUAAAUACGCCGGCUACCCCAUGCUAAUUAAGACCAUCACCAUGGAAACGGGUGACGGGCAGCUGUUCUCCAAGACCUCGGCUCUGUUACCGGCUGCUGCUGAGCUGGCCUUCCACACCGUCAACUGUUCAGCGCUGAAUGCGGAGGAGCUGCGGCGGGAGAACGGCAUCGAGGUGCUGAUGGAGGCUCUGUCUCGCUGCGUGUCUGUGCUCACCGCCUCCAGCAGACCGGAGGACAUGGCAGUGCAGGUGUGUGGGCACGUCUGCAGGUGCUAUAGCGUCGCUGCUCAGUUCGAGGAGUGCAGAGAGAAGAUAGUCGAGCUUCCCAACAUUAUCAGAGAUGUUUGUCACAUUCUCUACUACAGCAAGGGUCUGCCGCGCUUGGCAUCUCUGGCGGUGGAGUGUGUCAGCUCCUUCGCGGUGGAUUUCUUCCUGCAGACGCACCUGUACAGGGCUGGAGUGCUGUGGCACCUGCUCUUCUCGCUCUUCAGCUACGACUACACGCUGGAGGAGAGCGGCGUCCAGGCCAGCCAGGACACCAACCAGCAGCAGGUGUGCAACAGCCUGGCCAAGCUGAGCGUGGGGGCCCUCGGGCGUCUGGCGGGGUACAGCGGGGCCCAGGGCCCAGAGGACCAGCCCAGCGGAGGAGAGCUCCCUCCAGAGAACCCCUCCAUCAGGAAGAGCCUGGGGGCCAUGCUGACGCCCUACAUCUCACGCAGACUGAGCCGCAGCUCGCCCGCCGAGGUCCUGAAGCUGCUGAACAGUAACUCGGAGACGCCGUACUUGAUCUGGAACAACGGCACGCGAGCGGAGCUGAUGGAGUUCCUGGAGGAGCAGCAGGAGAGCAACAUCAAGAGAGGCGAGUGCGACAAGAGCUUCGGCUCAGAGUUCCUGUUCAGUGAGCACGGGAAGGAGCUGAUCGUGGGAGAGAUCUUCGUUAGGGUUUAUAACGAGCAGCCUGCGUUUCCUCUGGAGUAUCCGAAGGCGUUUGCGUCGAGUCUCUUGGACUAUGUGGGCUCUCAGGCUCAGUAUCUGCACACGCUGCUGGCGAUGACGCAGACUAAUAAAGUGGAGUCGCAGCAGCACGCUCCGAGACUGCGCUGGGCCGAGAUGGCGCUUGAAGCUCUCCGCAACGUCAUCAAGAACAACCCAGGCUCUGAGACGGAGUGCAUCGGUCACUUCAAGCUGCUCUUCUCUCUGCUGAGGGUCCACGGCGCCGGAAGAGUCCAGCAGCUGGCUUUAGAGGUGGUGAACACGGUCACGUCAAACCAGGACUGCGUCGUCAACAUCGCUGAGUCUCUGGUUCUGCCCAGUCUGCUGGUGCUGCUGCACUCCUUGCCCUCCAGCCGUCAGCUGGUGCUGGAGACGCUUUACGCUCUGACCUCCAACACCAAGAUCAUCACCGAGGCCAUGAACAGAGGUGCGCUGAUCUACCUGCUGGAUCUGUUCUGUAACUCCACCCAUCCUCAGGUGCGCACGCAGACGGCUGAGCUCUUCUCCAAGAUGACCUCGGACAAGCUGGUGGGGCCCAAGGUGCGUCUGACGCUGAUGCGCUUCCUGCCGGCCGUGUUCAUGGACGCCAUGCGUGAUAACCCCGAGGCGGCGGUGCACAUAUUCGAGGGAACGCACGAGAACCCCGAGCUGAUCUGGAACGACAGCUCGAGAGAGACCGUGUCCACCAGCGUCAGAGAGAUGAUGCUGGAGCACUUCAAGCAGCAGAAGGACAAUCCUGACGUCAGCUGGAAGCUGGCGGAGGAUUUCUCGGUGGCCUACGGCGCGGGUCAGGGCGAGCUGGAGGUCGGUGGGGUGUUUCUGCGGAUCUACCAAGGUGAGGCUCUGGAGACGGUGAGCACCGCAGCCGUGUGUCUCUUCAGCUCACAGACGCAGCUGGCUGAUCAGGUUCCUCCUCUCGGUCAUCUGCCUCGUGUCCUGACCGCGCUCAACCACAAGAACAACGCCGUGCCCAAGAGUGCCAUCCGACUCAUCCACGUGCUCUCAGACAACGAGCUGUGUGUGCGCUCCAUGGCAGCGCUAGACACCAUCGGCCCGCUGAUGACGGGGAUGAAGCUCAGGGCUGAUAUGGCAGGACUGGCCUGCGAGGCUCUGAACCGCAUGUUCCAGCGAGAGCAGACCGAACUAGUAGCACAGGCUCUUCGGGUGGAUCUGGUGCCGUACCUGCUGAAGCUGUUGGAGGGAGUCGGGUUGGAGACCCUUGAAAACCCGUCAGCAACCAAAGCUCAGAUUGUCAAAGCGCUCAAAUCCAUGACCCGCAGCCUGCAGUUCGGAGAACAGGUGAAUGAGAUCCUCUCUCGUUCCACUGUGUGGAGUGCCUUCAAAGACCAGAAACACGACCUCUUCAUCUCCGACUCCCAGACCGCAGGUUACCUGACGGGUCCAGGAGUGGCAGGUUAUCUGACAGCAGGCAGCGGCUCUACAGUAAUGCCGAGCGUCCCGCCACCCGUAGACAAAGACAUCGGAGACCUGGGCUGAACCAGACUAAUACAACACCAGACAAACCCGGACACAGACGGACCGGCUCCAGAGCGCCGCCAUCCUGAUCCUGAUCCUGAGAGUGACAGAGAAACAGACAGAGAGAGAGCGCCCAUCAUCCUCCCUCACAGCACUUCAUGAUCCCUUCCUCCUCUAUCAUUUUAUAUCCACUCGCAUCUCGUAAAUCAUUUCUGUCCAUGGAGAGUAAAAUAGUUUACUUUUGUAUUGAGAGAUUUUUAUGCAUUUGUUUUUUUUUUCCGUUUCCUGUCUCUUCGUCUUCCUGCGUCUCACAUUCAGCUCAUGUCUGGACUUCUGGCAUCUCUAUAUUCUUACUUUUAUUCUGAAGUCCUCGAGUAAGUGCUUGGUAUCAGAAGGAAAGAGAAACUUGAGAUUGGACCUGUGAAACUGUGAUUAUUUGAUUAUGUGCCGCACUGCUUGUGAUCUGUUUUGGUUUGUCUCUCAUCUCAUCGUCCUGUAAACCGACAAAAACCUUCCUUCCCCAGAAAGCACUCCACUAUUUAUACCUACAUAUAUCAAGACCAACUGGAAACGAGCGUCUGAAAGGACAAAUUGUACUGACUCUGAUUACAAAUGUAUGUGAAAGACUAAUUGUGAAAUGUUAAAUGUAAUAUGCCGUACAUAAACUUUCUAUAUUGAAUGUACAUUAAUAAAGAAGUAAAUCAGUUGCACUUGUACAUACAAUUUUAAGAAUAAAAGGGAAUCCUCAGCUGUUGGGGUUUUGUUUUUUC